CUGGAGGCUGGAGGCAGGAGUUUCAGUGGGAUCUGAUGCCUCCCCGCUCCUCUCAUCCCCAGGAGAAUUACGAGAUGUACUCAGUAGAGCUGGGACCUGGCCCUGGUGGGGACAUGGCAGCCAAGAUGAGCAAGAAGAAGGCAGGCAAUAAAGGAGGCAAGAGGAAGGAGAAGCUGGAGAACAUGAAGAAGGAGAUGGAGAUUAACGACCACCAGCUAUCAGUCACGGAGCUGGAACAGAAAUACCAGACCAGUGCGACCAAGGGCCUGACUGCCAGCCUGGCCGCGGAUCUGCUGCUGCGGGAUGGGCCCAAUGCCCUGCGGCCGCCGCGUGGUACCCCUGAGUAUGUCAAGUUCGCCCGGCAGCUGGCCGGUGGUCUGCAGUGCCUCAUGUGGGUGGCUGCUGCCAUCUGUCUCAUUGCCUUUGCCAUCCAGGCCAGUGAGGGGGACCUCACCACCGACGACAAUCUGUACCUGGCACUGGCCCUCAUCGCCGUGGUCGUGGUCACCGGCUGCUUUGGCUACUACCAGGAGUUUAAGAGCACCAACAUCAUUGCCAGCUUCAAGAACCUCGUGCCCCAGCAAGCAACUGUGAUCCGAGAUGGGGACAAGUUCCAGAUCAAUGCAGACCAGCUUGUGGUGGGCGACCUGGUGGAGAUGAAAGGCGGGGACCGAGUGCCAGCGGACAUCAGGAUCCUCCAGGCCCAGGGCUGCAAGGUGGACAACUCCUCGCUGACUGGAGAGUCUGAGCCGCAGACCCGCUCGCCCGAAUGUACACACGAGAGCCCCCUGGAGACCCGCAACAUCGCCUUCUUCUCCACCAUGUGCCUUGAAGGCACGGCACAGGGCCUGGUGGUGAACACAGGUGACCGCACCAUCAUUGGGCGCAUUGCAUCGCUGGCAUCGGGAGUAGAAAAUGAGAAGACCCCCAUCGCUAUUGAAAUCGAACAUUUUGUGGACAUCAUCGCAGGCCUGGCCAUCCUCUUCGGCGCCACAUUUUUUGUGGUGGCCAUGUGCAUUGGCUACACCUUCCUGCGGGCCAUGGUCUUCUUCAUGGCCAUUGUGGUAGCCUACGUGCCCGAGGGGCUGCUGGCCACUGUCACGGUCUGCCUGUCCCUGACAGCCAAGCGACUGGCCAGCAAGAACUGUGUCGUCAAGAACCUGGAAGCAGUGGAGACACUGGGUUCCACAUCAGUGAUCUGCUCUGACAAGACAGGGACCCUCACUCAGAACCGCAUGACUGUGUCCCAUCUCUGGUUUGACAACCACAUCCACUCGGCUGACACUACGGAAGACCAGUCAGGGCAGACGUUUGACCAGUCCUCGGAGACGUGGCGGGCGCUGUGCCGCGUGCUAACGCUGUGCAACCGCGCUGCCUUCAAGUCGGGCCAGGACGCGGUGCCGGUGCCCAAGCGCAUCGUGAUCGGGGACGCGUCCGAGACUGCGCUGCUCAAGUUCUCGGAGCUGACCCUAGGCAACGCCAUGGGCUACCGUGAGCGCUUCCCCAAAGUCUGCGAGAUCCCCUUCAACUCCACCAACAAGUUCCAGCUGUCCAUCCACACACUGGAGGACCCGCGGGACCCCCGGCACGUGCUGGUGAUGAAGGGCGCCCCUGAGCGCGUGUUGGAACGCUGUAGCUCCAUCCUCAUCAAGGGCCAGGAGCUGCCGCUGGACGAGCAGUGGCGGGAGGCUUUCCAGACUGCCUACCUUAGCCUGGGAGGCCUGGGUGAACGCGUGCUUGGAUUCUGCCAGCUCUACCUGAGUGAGAAGGACUACCCUCCCGGCUACGCCUUCGAUGUGGAGGCCAUGAACUUUCCAACUAGUGGCCUGUGCUUUGCGGGACUUGUAUCCAUGAUAGAUCCGCCCCGGGCCACCGUCCCUGAUGCUGUGCUCAAGUGCCGCACAGCAGGCAUCCGGGUGAUCAUGGUGACAGGUGACCACCCCAUCACAGCCAAGGCCAUUGCAGCCAGUGUGGGUAUCAUUUCAGAAGGCAGCGAGACAGUGGAGGACAUCGCUGCCCGCCUCCGCGUGCCUCUGGACCAAGUUAAUAAGAAGGAUGCCCGUGCCUGCGUCAUCAAUGGCAUGCAGCUGAAGGACAUGGACCCGUCUGAGCUGGUGGAGGCACUGCGUACUCACCCCGAGAUGGUGUUUGCUCGCACCAGUCCCCAGCAGAAGCUGGUGAUUGUGGAGAGCUGCCAGCGACUGGGUGCAAUCGUGGCUGUGACAGGGGAUGGCGUGAACGACUCCCCAGCCCUGAAGAAGGCAGACAUCGGCGUGGCCAUGGGCAUUGCUGGCUCGGAUGCUGCCAAAAAUGCAGCUGACAUGAUCCUGCUGGAUGAUAACUUUGCCUCCAUUGUGACGGGCGUGGAGCAGGGCCGGCUGAUCUUUGAUAACCUGAAAAAGUCCAUCGCCUACACAUUGACCAAGAACAUUCCAGAGCUGACGCCGUACCUCAUUUACAUUACUGUCAGUGUGCCCCUGCCCCUCGGCUGCAUCACCAUCCUCUUCAUAGAACUCUGCACUGACAUCUUCCCAUCUGUGUCCCUGGCAUAUGAGAAGGCAGAGAGUGACAUCAUGCAUCUGCGUCCCCGGAACCCAAAGCGCGACCGAUUGGUCAACGAGCCCCUGGCUGCCUACUCUUACUUCCAGAUCGGUGCCAUCCAAUCAUUUGCCGGCUUCACUGACUACUUUACGGCCAUGGCCCAGGAGGGCUGGUUCCCAUUGCUGUGUGUGGGGCUGCGGCCAUACUGGGAGAAUCACCACCUACAGGAUCUGCAGGACAGCUAUGGCCAGGAGUGGACGUUUGGGCAGCGCCUGUACCAGCAGUACACCUGCUACACCGUGUUCUUCAUCAGCAUUGAGAUGUGCCAGAUCGCUGAUGUCCUCAUCCGCAAGACACGCCGCCUCUCUGCCUUCCAGCAGGGCUUCUUCAGGAACAGGAUCCUGGUGAUUGCCAUCGUGUUCCAGGUCUGCAUCGGCUGCUUCCUGUGCUACUGCCCCGGAAUGCCCAACAUCUUUAACUUCAUGCCCAUUCGGUACCAGUGGUGGCUGGUCCCCAUGCCCUUUGGCCUCCUCAUCUUCGUCUAUGACGAGAUCCGGAAACUUGGAGUUCGCUGUUGCCCAGGGAGCUGGUGGGAUCAGGAGCUCUACUAUUAGAGGGACCGCGGCCUUCAAGCCAUCCUUGCAUCCCCCACAGCAGAGGUGGGGGGCACGGGACCCUUUGGGCAGCCACCGGAACAUCAAGCAAUCAAGAGCCCUAGCACCACCUGUGUCUGCUCCUGCAGCCCAUGGCACCCCAACUUUGCGGGACAUCGCCACUCCCCUUCCCCAUCCGCGGAGAGCUUCCCCCCGUGGCAGAGCAGUCCUUGGGCCCAGUCCUCUGAGGGGGUGGGGGCUUCAGGAGGGAGUGGGAGCUUGUGGCUCCUGUGAAGGGGGGGGCCGUCCUUAGCACGCCAGGCUGGCAAGAGGGCUGCCUGGGGCUCUUCUUCCAACACACUUGUGCUGCGUGAUAGUAAUAAACCAGCUCACAUUGACUAUGCUUUUAUUU